UAUCAGCGUCAUCUCGCUUCACGCUGUGAGAGGAACCGCAGCUGGGCAUGUUAGUGAUGUUGGGCUCGGUGCUGGAACACGCGGAGGAAAGAAACGUAACCGGGAUGAAGCAUUUCUACAGCGCUGUCGAAGGACUCGAAGCUUUGACUGAAGAAACCAGACCCGAUACCGUACCUUCGGACGAGGCCGAUUUUACGAGGCACAAAGCCCCGCCCCUAAACACCCAUCCGAAACAGGAGCGUAAACAGAGGUGGUACGCAGUCUGCGAAGUGUGUAACAUCCAGCUGAACUCGGCCGCACAGGCGCAGAUACACUACAACGGGAAAACCCACCAGAAGAGACUGAAACACAUGAACAGCGGAAACAAAGGUCCGGCGGCUCAGGGCAGCCCCCUGCUGGCUGCGUUACCCGUACAGACUCGGCCACUUCAGACGCCUCUGGAGCUCAAGAACUUUCUGCCCUUCAGACUCAACGGCUCCAAUCCGCUCAGCCUCUUUCCCAACUUCAAUACGAUGGACCCGGUCCAGAAGGCUGUUAUUAACCACACCUUCGGGGUUCCUCAGAAGAAGAAGCAGGUGAUCUCCUGCAACAUCUGCCACCUUCGCUUCAACUCCACGAAUCAGGCCGAAGCGCAUUAUAAAGGUCAUAAGCACGCUCGUAAACUGAAGGCUUUGGAGGCUCAGAAGAACAAGCAGCACAGACGGCAGCUCGACGGCACACACGGCAGCCGAGACAGAGAGAAAGACAGAGACAGAGGGAGGAUGAUUGCACCUGAUCCUCCCCCUGCUGUCCCGGAUUCCUGUGCAGUGGAAGCAUCCACUCUUCAGUGUGACUCUGACUCGGUGGUGAAGCUGAGCGAGGUUCAGGUCAGAUCAGUGGUUCUGACUCCGGUAUCUGAGGUGUCGUGCGCAGAUGUGGCCGUCUCCUCUCCUCCCUCGCAGCACUCAGACAGCCUGCAGGACGCCGCUGGUCCCAGCGAGACAGGCACCGAGCAGGACAGCCUGGCUAAAGAGGCCCCGAGGGAGAAAGACCCCAGGAGGAGCAAGCAUCACCUGCACUGUCCUGUCUGCAAAGUGACAGUCAACUCAGUCACUCAGCUGGAGGCCCACAACAGCGGUAUCAAGCACAAACUGAUGCUGGAGGGACAGAGCGUGUUGCCACGGCGACGGGGGAAGGCGCUGUCCUCCCGUGCCGCGUGUAAAAGCAAGCGACUGGCCAACAAGGGCAGCCUGGGCGUGAGCAACAAGAGCUUCCAUUGCGAAGUGUGUGAGAUCCACGUCAACUCGGAGACCCAGCUCAACCAGCACAUGAACAGUCGCAGACAUAAAGACAGAUUGGCCGGAAAGCCGCCCAAACCCAAAUUCAGCCCUCACAGCAAGACUCAACCAUACUCAGCGGUGUUGCAGAGUGUCAGGUGGAAUGGUUAUGCAGGAGGAGCCGUGUCAGCCAUGAAAAAAGUCUUCAGCCAGUACAGUCUCGCUUCUCUCUCUUCACAGACCAAACUGGCCCUCCAGAAGCAGCUGACUAAAAAUUUCACCACCAGUUUCCUGUCCGCUCCGAUAACUCCGCCCACACUUUGCACGAUGGCAGCCAAUCCACUCGCUCUCCGACACCCUGCCGGUGCCGCCUUCAUUCCUGCUCCGAUCUUAGGCCCCACCCUCUUUCGGCCUGCGCCGGGACCACUGCGGGCCACACACACACCGAUUCUAUUCUCACCUUAUUAAAGUAUGCAUAAACAGACACACAUACACAUACACACACGGUUAUGGUACAGGAAUGAUUUAGCGAUGCGGUUUACUUUCACACACAGUACGCACACAGUAUGGUCUUAAAAACGUCAAAACUGAUACACACACUCCAGUUUUUCUGCACUCUCCUCUAGGACUGUGGCCCUCACAAGAGGAUCACUCUUGAACUAUGCAGCACAGAAAGGUAGAAAGCAAAGACAGUGAUAGAUGAUUCGAGAGAAAACAUGGAAGCAAGAGGAGACGCACGCGCGCACACCCCCAGGCUGGGGGAGGGCCCUAGAGACCUCAUUGACCCGCCCACCUCGGUCUAUUACUUCAAAUAGAGGUUGACUGAUAGGUCACGCCUCCAGGGAAAUGCGUGGAGCCUCGUAUAGUUGACUGGGACCUCUUAUAGUUUUAUAAGACAUUAACCAUAGGAGUUUACUGUGUAAUUUAUUAGAAGUACAACAGCAUUAGCGAAAUAGAGCACAUUUCUUAGUGAGACAAAUGCAAACAUCCCUUUACUCGAGGCUUCUUCUUUUUUUUAUCUAUGUUUAUGCCUUUUGAUUUGACGUUUCAUUCCUUUUUUUUUUUUUUUUUCACCAACACAAACAAACAUGUUAUUGCUCCCCUGGAAACCAUAAGAGCUGUCGCUUUGCAUUGUGGGUAAUCAUCAUGGAAUCAUCAGUGAGUACAUGUGCAGUGCAUUGAGAUGACAAUUUGCAGGCAAAUCAGCGCUCGAUUGCUAACACACACACAGACACGCACACACACUCGCACACAAUCAGUGUUCCAAUCUUUUCUGCAUAGAUUAGAUGAUUUUGAGUAAGACGGAUACACACACACACACACACACACACACACACACACACGGAUGAUUAUAACAGUCUCACAUUUCGGCCCUGCAUGUUGGUAUAUUUUGCUCUCAGUGUUAUCUCAUUAAGAUCUCACAAAGGUCAUCCUGCCAGUCAAAAUCCAUCUCAUAUCACCCGAUUACAAUUUCAGUUCUCGUCAUGUUAUUUGAGCGUGUGUAUGAGUAUGUGUAUGAGCACGCGUGACGCAUAUCAGCCUCAUUGUCUCAUAGACACUGCAGCUCAUCUCUGUCAUACAGCAGCGCUCUCUGCUGUACAAGGAGCAGCACUGUAUUAUUUUUUUUCCUGCCAGUUGAGACUUUCUAACGGAAUACUCCAGCGGUUUUAAUUUUAAUCUUUAUCUACCACAUGUAGAACUUGUGUGUAUGUAUACGUAUCACUGACAAGAAUUUCGAUGAAUAGAAAGCCUGUUUACACGUACCUCACUUAUAAUGGAAGUCUCUGUAUGGAUAUAGACUGUUCUUCUGUCUGAUCACCUUUAUCCAAUAAUGAAACAAUUCUAUUCCUGAUGGGUGUGGUCUCUGUAUCAGGAUGACCCCGCCCACAACUACAAGGCACAAGGACUCACUGAAUAGAUUGACGAGGAUGAAAAACACGUGCUAUGGCCUUCAUAGUCAGCAGAUCUUAAUCUAAUUGAACAGAAUAUGGGAGAUUUUGGACCGACAUAUUCGACAGUGUUCUCCCUAUAAAAAAACAACGGAGGGAAUAUCUUUUCAGUCCGUACAGGAUUUCGCAGAGGUUUUUUUGUGAUUGUUGUGGCCAAAAAUGCUUGAUUUUUUUUCAAAAUUUUUGCGAGUUUUUUUUUUGCAGAGAACUCAUCGGAUUGGAAAAAUCACAAGCGCACGAAAUUGUUCCGCACGCUCUCUCACAGUGAUGUUUGUCUGUUUGUAGACGAGACCUUUCAGCUGUACUCAUGUUCAACGUACGUGAAUGCGUGUUGUGAUGACGUCACAUGACGCGUCUUGGCCCAAAACUAGGAAACAAAUCUGUGGUAAUUUCGAAAAAUUGCAAGCUCCACCGAAUUCUGUGGAGUUUGCUGGAUUUUGAGCACGUUCACCUCACACCUCCAGCGUCUGGGGUUCAAACCAUGUGUGUGCCAAGUUUGCAUGUUCUCCCCGUGCUGUGGGUACUCCGGUUUCCUCCCCCAGUCCAAAGACAUGCAUGGUAGGCUGAUUGGCGUGUCUAAAGUGUCCGUAGUGGAUGAAUGGGUCUGUGAGUGUGUUUGUGAUUGUGCCCUGCGAUGGAUUGGCACCCUGUCCAGGGUGUACCUCGACUUGUGCCUGAUGCUCCCUGGGAUAGACUCCAGGUUCCCCCGCGACCCUGAAGAAGGAUAAAGCGGUAGAAGAUGGAUGGAUGGACUUUCAUGAAUUCUUGAAAGUCUGAUUUGUGGACGUCUUAGUGCUGUUGAAUUCCAUGCAGCAGUGUUUAAAAUACUAUCUAACCCUAAUUCAAAACAGUAAUUGUUACAUUCCAGCACAGAAAAGGUCUUGAGAAAGUGCUUUCUGUUCUUUUCUGUAUUUUUAUUCAUCUUUCAACAUAGAACCAAUACAGCGAAAAGUGAUUCUGGAUAAAACCCUUUCCCAAAGGUUUUGGGAUGAUCCAUAUGUGAGUUUUAGAGCUUAAUUUACAAGUUUCUACAAAAAAGAAAAAAGAUAUGAAUUAUGCUUAAAGCUUUUUCAUCAAAAAAAAAAAAAGGAACAUGGUGGAAUAAAAAAAAAAAGAAAACACCUUCCCUUUAGACUUCCGUUAGAAGUGAGUUUGGAGUAAACGGGUUUUCUUGUCCUUUUCUCAGUACAUGAAAACAUGCUGAAAUUCAUAUCGGUGAUCAUCACACAUAUUUACAUGAGAUUAAGAUUUAAGCUGAAAACUGCUGGCGUCUAACUGUGGAUCUGCAGUGACGUGCCGCCGUUCAGUCUGUUACACUCAGUACAUUCAUUUCCCUGUUUCUUUGUUUGUUUUUUUCCAUGUUCUGAAAUAUUAAGAUAUUUUAUAAAGUCUUUAAGAAGAUUACUUUAAGAAAAAAAAAAAAAGUUGUCUAUAUUAGGUUGUAUGUAGAUUUAUAAAUAUGUAGAGAGUAUGUAGAAACUUUAUCAGAGUCAUUAUCGUCGAGUCAUUAUUGCUAUGAUAAGAACAAUUUCUAUCUGAAGGGUCUUCUAUCGUUCGCCAAGAUUACGAAAUAAGAACAUAUGCCAAGAAUGAGUUAGUAUAUUUACCUACUUUUUAUGAUUUAAUAUAUUGAAAAAAAAUAUCAGUUUGGGAGGAAAUCAAGGUGUGUGUGUGUGUGUGUGUGUGUGUGUGUGUGUGAGAGAGAGAGAGAUUAUGCAAAGAGAAAAAAAACAGCAUAAUUAAAUGAUUUGUCUUAUCACAUUUGGGACAUUUCAGCUUCAAAGCCUACAGUGACGGGCGAGACUCAGGGCUCCUGUUUCAGCUCCAUCAGAGGAGAAGUUAAACAAAGUAAAGCAUCAGCCAUACUGUAAUCCAACCCGGAGCAGAGCAAGCGUAGGGCGUGGGUCAGGAUGUGGGUCAAAGACGAAAAAGGGUUUACAACAUCAUCCAGUUUAACAGCAGUGCUGGAGAGUAAGAUAAAACACGCUCUCGAUUAAUGAAAUGUUAACGUUUUGAUUUAAAAAAAAAAAAAAGAAGAAGAAAGACACAAUUGAAGUAGAAGCUACUUAAUAUGUUAAUAAGUGUUUUUGAUAGAAAGCUAUAGCGGUAACGUUGAGAUUAACAAAAAGAAUGGUGUAUAAAAUGUACAGUGUGUUAUUUGUACAUUGAGUAAAAAAUACAGCUAAAGUCUUUUUAAUUGUCUGUUUUAUUGACCGGAAUUUUAACCUGCUGAAUUUCUGCUAAUCAGUCCAUCGAGGAUUUGGUAGAGUUUCCUUUUGUGAUCGUUGCGGCCAAAAAAGCUUGAUUUUGCUGCGGCUUUUUUUUUUUAAAAAAAUUGCGAUGCAGGAAGAUUUUUGCGCUUUGAGCGGAAAACUACUCGAACUGGCGAAAUCGCAGUUGCACGAAAUUGUCUUUCGCAGUGAUGUCUGUUGGUAAAUGAGCUCGUUUAGCUGUACUCAUGUUCAAAGCGCGUGAAUCGAAGCGGGCUUUGGAUAAAUGCGCGUCGUGAUGACGUCACGUGACGCGUCUCGGCCCAGAAACAGGAAAAUCUGCAUUGAUUUUUUUUAAAUUGCAAGCUAUUCUGAAUACAGCGGAGUCAUUUCUGCGAUCGCAAAAUCACGAACACCUCGAGGGACUCAAAAUUUUAAAAAUUUUUUAAAAUCGUAUUUAUUUUUUUAAAUAAAGUAAUCCAGUGACCCAGGAAGCCUCCCGAUGUGUCGUACGAAGAAAUGACAUUCACUUUGUGUUUGUUGAGAACCCUUUUUGUCUUUGAUCCAUCUACAGACUACGACCUUUCCUGAAAUUUCAGAAAUCUCUCUCUCGGUCUCUCUGUAUGUGUGUGUAUAUGCACAUGUGUGCUUGUAUGUAGAUGAUAUCGGUUAUCAUCACACACACAUAAAGGGCCCUGGAUAUCUAUCUAUCUGUUCUGCUUGUUCUCUCCUUCAGUAAUGUGAAAUAUGUUGAGCAAUAACACUGUUUGGAGCUGCAAUAGCCAUAAUCAGAGUGUGAUACACAUUUCCUUUUAUAUAAAAUGGAAAUUUAGCCAUGAUUUUUUACCUUUCUCUGUGACACUGGCCAUCUUGCUGUCUGUCUUUGUGUCCUCCUUCCUCUUGGGUAGUGUUGACUUAAUGCCAAUGAAAAGGUCUGUGACAUUUUCUCGUUGUUUUUUUUUUUUUCCCAUGCACUCUGGAUGAGAUUGAAUCUGUGUAAUGGUACGUCUUGUAGGACAGAAGGCAGCCAUGGAAACAUCAGUUGCCAGCGGUGACAAGACAGCAAAUUUGCUGCAGUGCUUUUAAAAGUGACUUCAGUAGUCCUAUUUUGCUUUGGUGGAAGCGCAAUAAGAGGGGAAGGUCUCACUCCAUUCGCAUGCAUUCUCAUACGGUAAAGGAAUACUCUAGUGUUUUACAGACUAAUCUCUAUCUACUCAAUCUGUACUUUACGUGGGAUUACCACAGACAAGACGAUAUUUAGAAACCCUGUUUAUUCAGACUGACUUGCAACGAACGUCUAAGGGCAGACAGUGGAUGUUUAAAAUACUGCUAUAUAAUGUACAGCUAAAAUGGCAAUAAAGGUCUUAGGAUAACAUGAAAGAAAGUCUUACCAAAGCUGGUAGUUAUGGAGUAUUGUCAAGCAAUACGGUCUACUAGGGGUGCAACAAAUCACUAUCUCGAAUCUGUUUAUCUGCGACUGUAUUCGGAUUUAAACCCCAGGUAGGCGUGGCCUUUUUCUUUAUUUUUAGUUUUUUAUUUAAUUAUGAACCGUAACACUAUGCCCCUGGAAACACUAGAAAACACUGGGUAGAAAUGGUUGCACUUUGGAUUCUGGCUCUGACAGUUCCUCAACCUCAGCUACAUCACUCAAGUUCAUAACUGGUCUCAACUAGAGAUGUGAGCAGGACUGUUUUUUUGUUUGUUUGUUUGUUUGUUUGUUUGUUUUAAUCCUGCUUAUUUUUGCUUAUACCUGCUCUCGCAAUUUUCGAACAACUUUCGUCUGUUCUGUUUCCCCGAAUAGAAAUAAAUUAGUAGUCUACUUUGAACCAUAACCGUAACCCUUACUGAGGAUGUAUAAAUGAAUAAAUGCUAUGAAUUGAUGAAUCAGCGCAGUACUUUUAUGUUAAUGAACAUGGUGUUUGUUAGUGCCACGAGCUCCAUAUCUGACUGCUUGUAAAAAUAAUAAUAAUAAUAAUAAUGUUUUUAAAAAGUAACCCCCCUACCCCUACCCUUUGGGUGACUUUUUUGUUGGGUUCCACGGGAUCCCCAUACCUCUAAUCUCAACCAGAUACCCUAUGAACCUUUCUGACAAGCUUUCUAAAAAAAAAACAAAAAAAACAAAUAGAAUAAAAAAAUUAGCUCACCUAUAGUGUAUCUCUUAUUCGUAUAUGUGUUUGUUCAGAACAUAUGAUCUGUUUAUUAUUAAUAAUGUUCUUGCAUUCAGGUAUUCAGCUAUACAUCUCCAGUGUCUCUGUGCAGUUAGACACACACAACCACACACAAGCGCAAGUUAUUCCUUCAAAAAAAAAAAAAUCUCAGAAAUGACCAGUUAUACCGAUUUAGAGCUUCGUUUCUAAACAACUGUAAAGAUUUUACAACUGCCCCAACUAAUUGCCGUUAGACUUUCAUUAGAUUAAACAGGUUUCUGUCAUCGUCAUUAUGUCGUACAUAGCCUACGGUACACACGUGACAAAAGAAUGAAAGAAUAAAACACUGGAGUAUUCCUUUAGGCAGCUUCUAAGGAAUCUAAGGACGGUCUGAGUGAAUUCUCUUCCCAAACGCACACACUCCUUCUCGCCACAAUGACACAUAUUCAUUAAUAAGCUUCUGUUCGGAUGUGUUUUUAAUACUACAUUUAUCAUAACUGUUCAAACAUUCAAGUGUGCAGCUACAUUCACAAACCACAAAUCAUAAGCACAGGGUCCUAAAGCACAAACGAACACGUCGUGUCCCGCGCACAUUCCUCCGCGUAAGCAUUUCAUCAGGACCGAGAACCGAGCAGUGAGUGUACGGUAUGUCGUGUGUCUCUCUGUCUCGCUGUCUGUAUGCCAACAGUGCUGUUCAUAAAUCUGAUUUUUUUUUUUUUUAUUUAUCUCUAAGACAUGAGAAGAUGAGCUGAAUUUCUUCUUAAAAGGGACAUGGCCAGUAUCUGUGAACGGAAAUAUAGUUGUCCAUUGUGUUUUUGACCCAGUAACAAAAAAAACAACAACAAAAGAAGCUGAACAUUUUCUGAACAGGUUCUGAUUCUUGUCUUUUUAUUUGAUUUGCUGGUUUUUUUUUUUGUUUGUUUGUUUGUUUGUUUCUGUACAGAGCAUGAGUGAGAGUGAGUGAAAAUGAGAGAGUGAAAGAGAGAGAGAGAAAAUAAAUCAAUUGGAUCUUCCUUA